CCCCCAAAAGUUGUGAUGCUUUUCUUCACCCAGUGCUUUGGAGCUGUGUUAGAUCUCAUUCACCUCCGCUUUCAGCACUACAAGGCUAAACGGGUUUUCUCCGCCGCCGGCCAACUUGUCUGCGUCGUAAACCCCACGCACAACCUGAAGUAUGUGUCCAACUGUCGCACCGUCACUCAGAGUGCGCCAGAGCAAAGCAGCUGUCCCCAUCAUCACCUCAGCCACCACCACCGCCACCACCGUUCCCACCACCACCUCCGCCACCAUGCCCACCCUCACCACCUUCACCACCAAGAGGCAGAGCUGCAUGCCACUCAGGUGACACCCUGCAUGUGCCCCUUGUUCUCCUGCCAGUGGGAAGGCCACCUGGAGGUGGUGGUGCCCCACCUGCGGCAGAUGCACAGGGUGGAUAUCCUUCAGGGAGCUGAGAUAGUCUUUCUGGCCACGGACAUGCACCUGCCUGCCCCUGCUGACUGGAUCAUCAUGCACUCUUGCCUCGGCCACCACUUUCUGCUGGUGCUUAGGAAACAGGAGAGGCAUGAAGGGCAUCCCCAGUUCUUUGCCACUAUGAUGUUGAUUGGGACCCCCACCCAGGCCGACUGCUUCACCUACCGCCUGGAGCUCAACAGAAACCAUCGGCGUCUCAAAUGGGAGGCCACCCCCAGGUCUGUCCUUGAGUGUGUGGACUCGGUGAUCACCGACGGAGACUGUCUUAUCCUCAACACCUCGCUGGCCCAGCUCUUCUCUGACAACGGCAGCCUUGCCAUUGGAAUUGCUAUCACUGCAACGGAGGUCUGCUCCUCAGAAGCCCAGAUGUGAAGCAAGAGGCCACCAGAGGCUCACACACAGCAACCCCUCCACCAAGAAACUGCCUGUGCCCUUUGGAUCUCCAAAUUCCAGGACUCCGCACUCCUUUUUGUUCUUCUCCUUCCCUCCCUCCUUUUCUUUCUUCUUCCCUUCUUUCUUUUCUUUUUUGUCUCAGGUACUCAGUGGUAUCUAGUAUUUGUCUGCCUUGGACAUUAUAUUAUGUAAACAUCCUGUGA